UAAACUUAUUAAAUAGACGAAAAUGAUCAAAGCUAUACUUAUCUUCAACAACCACGGGAAACCCCGCUUGCUGAAAUUUUAUCACCAAUAUACUGAAGACCAGCAACAAGCAAUCUUGAGAGAAGUUUUCUCAAUUGUGUCAAAGCGUGAAGAUAAUGUGUGCAAUUUCCUGGAAUCUGUAUCUUUAAUAACGGGAUCAGAUGACAAGCUAAUCUACAGACACUAUGCCACUCUCUACUUCGUGUUUUGUGUGGACUCUUCUGAGAGUGAGCUGGGAAUCCUAGAUCUCAUUCAGGUGUUUGUGGAGACAUUAGACAAGUGCUUUGAGAAUGUGUGUGAGCUGGACUUGAUCUUCCAUGUAGACAGAGUACACUACAUACUGCAGGAGAUUGUGAUGGGUGGGAUGGUGUUAGAGACAAACAUGAACGAGAUACUGUUGCGCGUGAACGAACAGGACAAGAUUGAGAAACAGGAGGCUGGCUUACAAGCAGUUCCAGGCAAAGCAAUUUCUGCAGUAAAGAAUAUGGAAAUGCCGCGACUACCUUCAGGACUAGCAAUGCCAACCCUAGGCUCAUUUAAAUCAUAGUCAAUCAUCGAAGCUCUCUAGACGAGAAUCAUUAUUUGUUCAUUAUUAAUCUUGUCGCAUUUUCCGAAUUGAGUAGUAAUUGGAAUUCGAAAUCUAAAUUUAUUGAAUAUUUAUUGCUUGGAUGUUAUAAUGGUGCAGUUUAUAAUGAUACCAGGUUGGUUGAAGGCGCAAUGUUACGCAGGAAUAGUAUACUCUUUUCGUGCUACGAAAAUUUUUAAAACUUACAUGUAAAUUGCGUUUUUUUAUUGUAUAACUUUAUUAAAUUCAGUAUCAGCUUACUAUAGAGGCGUUCGACCAAAGUUUUUCGAGUUUCCUAUAAACCCGGGUUGAGGAAGUUUGAAGUACAAUUCUGUUACCAUGGCUCAUACAUUUCAUACAUUAGAAAAAUCGCAUGAAAACUAUGAUCAGCAUUUUCCCAUACAUGGAGUUGUAUGAAUAGCCUUCCACCAUAAAUAGUAAUUAAAUGGCUAGCAUUCCGCCAUAAAUGAGAAGUGAAAUUAUUUUGAUAUCAUCAACUAGAGUCGGUUGUUUCGACGAUAUAUCAGUGUUAAACGACAGAAAGUUUUAUGGCUUUUUUUAACAUCUUGAGAUUUCUGUCGCCAGACUUAAAGUAGCAUUACGACAAAAUUUACCGAGAGACUACUAAGCCGAAAAUAUUUGGGUGCAUUCACGUUUAGCCAAGUAACAAUUAUUAAGCAAUGAACAGAAGCCGACUGCAUUUAAGGCUAAGAUACCUUUAAAGUGACGAACUAAAAUAUAAACCUUGUAUUUCAAGUGCCUGCAACAAUAAGAGCGUUAGAAAUGGCUUUCAAUUAGGCUAAAAUUUGCUGAACCUUCAGAAGAAUACAUGGUACGGGAACCUGGUCUACAAAAAAUUAAACAGACCCUCAAUAGUUUGAAGAGAAUCUGAGUCAGUUACUUGAACCUCUUACACGAAGAACGGAGUCGGCAUUGGUUUUUUCUGCCUCGAGAGUAAUCAUGGUAUUUGGUUAGCCAUACAAGUAUAGAAAAGUAUUUUGCAAUCCCGACUCGUGUUCGGAUAUGAAAGAUAUUAUGAUGAAAAAAAAUUUGGGCCUGAAAUAAAAAAAUUAACCCCUAAUCCUAAUAAGGUGACUAUUUGGAGUCGUUCACUGGCUUACCAAGGAUCCCCUUUUAUAGGUAAAAGGGAUUAGAAAAAACCGGCAGAGGAGUAUAUUUUAAUCUAACAAAAGAUUAACCAUGCCGAUACAACCCCAUUCGGCUAUUACGUAGUAUUUUACUUACCGAGACAAUAUUUUACUUAAUCUGCAAUCUUUGAAUUGCAUUAAAAUGAAAUUGCUGUAUAGAACUGUAUACGCCAAUAGUGAGCUAGUGAGGCUAAAUUCCAAGCAGCGUGUUCAUAUAAUAUAAGGGAAAACUUUGGUGGAAUCUUUCUUGAAAAAAGACAACAUCCCUGUACAAGGACCUUUUCCAACAAAUAAAAUUAACACUCUUCAUGGCACAAAACCUUUUGUGUAGCGAUGUUGAGCAGUGAAGUCAUUUUAAGUUUUCAAAAAACACGACAGAACAAUAAGGAUCUGCGCAGAUUGGUUAUCGAAUGGACACAUCAACAAGAAAUUAACCUCACUGUUCACAGACCGCAAUCCAGACUUGAAACUGCUGCAGACGGCCCCAGAGAAUGUGCUGAAGUUCGUUCGAAAGACUGGGCUUUUCUAGCCCCCUAUUUCAAGAUAGAAGGCCGUCACACACCAACAACAACAACAGAGCGCAAGGAAUUAACCUCACACGACAAAGCCAUACAAUCUGAUCCAUGCCUGAACAACUAAAUCCAGUCCUAUCACAGUUAUGUUUUUACAUGGUCCACUCACAUAAUCCAAGGUUCCUAGGGCAAUAACUCGAAUUCCAAGACUGGUGCAUCUGAAUUUGUCCAAGGGAAAACUUUUUCAUAGUAGCCUCGCUGAAAAUCUACUAACAUCUGACCAUCGCCAAAAAGUUCUAAGCCAGAGUGGCAAACCGAUGUUUGUAGAUCUGCACUGCCAAACGAAGAUAUCAUAUUCACUUUGAGGCUUUUCCCACGAGAUUCAUAAAACGUUUGGCGGUCGUCUGUCGUCUAAA